GAGGAUCUCAACAGCUGUCUGGCUGCUUCCGCAAACAAAAACGAGACGUGCUUUCCGUUCCUACGUCAUCUGGCAGUCAUGACAUACAAAGCAGGCGGGGUUCUUGCGAAGGAGCACUGGACAAUUGGCUGGCAACGCGCGAUGCGGCCCGAUUGGGCACAUUUCACCUGCCGACAUGACGGGCAUAGAGGGGUCACUGCGAGAGACCCGUCGGCCCUUCCUUCACUCGGGCAACUUUGAGCCGUUUGCCUGCACGGAUUUCCCUGGCGUCCUUGAAGAAAAUGCAAGGGCGAGAUCAUCUCAACACCGAAAGGUCAGCAGAGAUGGCGCCUUCAAAGUGAGGUUAGUCGGAGCUAAAUUGAGACCCUCACACAACUCGCCCCACAGCAGCUGCAGUGCCAAAAAUAGACGGAGCCUGGGCCAGAAGUGUGGUGCAGUUUUGGUGGCUUGCUCUCUCGCCACAGACUGGCUGCACGUUCGUUCUGGGCUGAACGCGAAUUCCCUGGCCCUUGGAGCACACCAGACAUGCAAUGCAGCAGGACCGAAAUGUUCGACCAACGCCCGAGCGCGACCAAAAUCAGCUGCCGUUGGUUGCUGGGCCUCUGGGGUGAGCACGGCCAACAAACCAAGUUCAGCCACAGCCACAGCAGUUAUUUCGGUGGAGGAAAGGCGCGAAUCCUGGCAAGGCACCGAGAUAUCGGCCCCUGCACAACGCAGGGUUGGCAACGGAACUUCUUGGUUGGACCUGAGCUCGUUACACAGUACACUCGACUUGCAUGCAGACUUUGAGCUGCCCGUUUAGCCAUCAUCAUUGUCGGUUGUGUCGGUUGCUGGCCUCGCCGACGAGGUGAGAUGGCAAUCGUUGCUCCUCCCCUCGGAAAGUAGGGGUUCCGGCCAUGUGUUUUGUCAUUCUAGGACUUUUCGAUAUCGCCGUUGUGAUUGGAACAGGGAACGAGGCGCCGGAAGUCGACAUUGCGGGGGUCAGUUUUUGCGUGACAUGGCCUGAACCCUGAGCCCGCCCGUCUGUCACUCCGACCGCCCGACAAGGGCUUGACCCACACCGGACAUCUGGCUCGGCUCA